AUGUUCCGCCAGAUUGCCCCGGAUGGAGUAGUCAGUAAGGAGGCCAAAGUUGACAACCGCGGGCCGGAAGCCAGAUUCGACGAGGCAGUGGCGUACGACGUCAAGCUAUCACCCGAGGAAAUAAGUAAACUGCAUAGCAACGUCGCAAAUGGUCAAAGGUCGGGAGGAUGCCCCGUAAUGAUGAACAAGGAGUAG